CUGCUCGGUCCCUUUUUCUACCAAACCGGAAGUGCUUAACUGGUCACCCAAGGCCAAGAUCACCGAAGCAGCAGCAGAAAGAUGGCUCACAGGCUGCUGGUGCGUAGGUUUUGGACGCUCUCCUCCAAAAAUCUCCGCUGCCUCCCAGUCUCCUCUUCCUUCUCUACCUCCCUGCAGUCUUCCAGAGUCCCCGUCCUCUCUCGCUCCCUCGCCCUCGCCUCCCUCCGCCGGGCCGCCUCCUUCAACGUCCAGGACCACGACGACUUCGACGUCCGGGUCAUCAAGAGCGAGCUGCCGGUGCUGGUGGACUUCCACGCACAGUGGUGUGGUCCCUGUAAGAUCCUCGGCCCGAGGCUGGAGAAAGCCGUGGCGAAACAGAGCGGCAAAGUCACCAUGGCUAAAGUCGACAUCGACGAUCACACAGACCUGGCUAUCGAAUACGGGGUGUCUGCCGUCCCGACAGUAAUCGCCAUCCGGGGCGGUGACGUCAUCGAUCGCUUCGUUGGGAUCAAAGACGAGGAUGAACUCGAGUCAUUCGUCAGCAAGCUCAUCGGGAAAUGAACCAGCGCCCCCCCCCCCCCUCAGAUCUCCCAUUCACCUGGUGAAUUAUUUUGGCUGCCAUUUUGAGCCAGAUUAGCAGAAGCCAAUAAACAAACUUCUCGUCACAAUGUCAGAACCAUCUGCUCACGCCCAUCCCUCGACACUCCGCUUCAGCUGUGCUUUAUCGCUUCAGUCUUUGUCUCUUAUUUUUUUGUCUAGAGAUGGGUGCGUGCUUCCUUUUUAAGCUUUUAGUUCAUGCCAUGCUCCAUUUUAUUCUCAAUAAUGUGACGGCUCCUCAUUACAAGAGCCGGUUGUUGCUGUAACUGUCUAUAGAGUGGGAAAUGUAAACUGUAUAUUUACAACAUUAGGGAUGAACAGUUUCUAGUUUUAGGGGUGGAGAGGAUUUAACUUUAAAAAAGCUGACGAUACUGAAUGAGGCUGUGGCAGUGUUACCUGUAGUUCCUGCUUUUGUCCACACGGGGGUGACGGUUCUCUAACAUCGCAAAGCCACACAUGGUCAUUUUACACCAUUAUGCCUAAUAAUGUGAGAGAGGGAAAACAAGUAUGUGUAUGUGUGUGUGUGUGUGUGUGUCUGUAUGUGUGUGUGUGUGUGUGUGUGUGUUUCUGGGUCCUGACUGUGGAACUUUAAGUCAAAUGGGAAUUGCAGAUAUUGAGUUUUAUUUCGUUUAUUACUCGAAUUAACUCGUACCGGAAGUAAUAAAGGAGUCAGAAAACGUU